CAGGGACAAUCCCUCUGAACCGGUUUCGCCUAGCGGAGCCGGCAGGUCCAGGCACCGCAGCUGCGGUGCUGCCUGUUCUCUCCUCUUGGGCUGUAGCGGGCUCAGGUGUGCAGCAGCUCCGGUCAGUACAAUGAUCCGGCAGGAGCGCUCCACAUCCUACCAGGAGCUGAGUGAGGAGUUGGACCAGGUGAUUGAGAACACAGGGCAGGCAGACGAGUUGGACAAGGAGACGAUCGAAGUUCAAGGUCCGGGUUUCUUACCAGGUCUGGACAGCGAGUCUGCCUCCAGCAGCAUCCGCUUCAGCAAGGCCUGUCUGAAGAAUGUCUUCUCGGUCUUGCUUAUCUUCAUCUACCUGCUACUCAUGGCUGUGGCUGUCUUCCUAGUCUACCAGACCAUCACGGACUUUCGUGAGAAACUCAAGCACCCUGUCAUGUCUGUGUCUUACAAAGAGGUGGAUCGCUAUGAGGCCCCAGGUAUUGCCCUCUAUCCUGGUCAGGCCCAGUUGCUUAGCUGUAAGCACCAUUACGAGGUCAUUCCCCCUCUGACAAGCCCAGGCCAGCCAGGUGACAUGAAUUGCACCACCCAGAGGAUCAACUACACGGACCCGUUCUCCAAUCAGACCAUGAAAUCUGCCUUGAUUGUCCAGGGGCCACGGGAUGUGAAGAAGCGGGAGCUGGUCUUCCUCCAGUUCCGCUUGAACAAAAGUAGUGAGGACUUCAGUGCCAUCGAUUACCUCCUCUUCUCUUCUUUCCACGAAUUCCUGCAAAGCCCAGACAGGGUGGGCUUCAUGCAGGCCUGUGAGAGUGCCUAUUCCAGCUGGAAGUUCUCUGGGGGCUUCCGCACCUGGGUCAAGAUGUCACUGGUGAAGACCAAGGAAGAAGAUGGACGGGAAGCAGUGGAGUUCCGGCAGGAGACGAGUGUGGUUAACUACAUUGACCAGAGGCCAGCCGCUGAAAAAAGUGCUCAGUUGUUUUUUGUGGUCUUUGAAUGGAAAGAUCCUUUCAUCCAGAAAGUCCAAGAUAUAAUCACUGCCAAUCCUUGGAACACAAUUGCUCUCCUCUGUGGUGCCUUCUUGGCAUUAUUUAAAGCAGCAGAGUUUGCUAAACUGAGUGUGAAAUGGAUGAUCAAAAUUAGAAAGAGAUACCUUAAAAGGAGAGGGCAGGCAACAAACCACGUAAGCUGAAGUUGCCUUGUUCAUGGAACUGCUCACAUUGAUGAAGUUCUUAUUACUUCCAUGUUGAUAAACUGAGCUACCAUCCAUCCUGUACUCACUUGAAGAAAUGGGGCCUUGCUGGGAGGAACAACAGCUUCUAGCCCCAAAGGAGACUGUUUAGAGCCUAAUAGAGAAGAUCCAAUGGGUAACCUAAAAGUUAUUUAAGUAUUUAAAUUAUUAAUGAUCAUUUUGAAGAGCUG